CAUCAAUUGCUCUACAAAUUGUUGAACAAUAAAUUUCUGUCCGUUUUCGAUCGCAUUUGGUUCAGACUAUAGGAGUUUCAAGAGCAUUUUUCGAGGUAACAAAAUGAUGGGUGCUGUCAAUUCGGAAUUAGAAGACCUAUUUCAUGAUAAAAAGCGAGUCAGGAAUCCCCUUGUACCCAUUGGUGCUUUCAUGACGGCAGGGGUGCUGACGGCCGGUUUGAUCAGUUUCAGGCAGGGAAACUCUCGUUUAGGUCAGAAGUUAAUGAGGGCUCGCGUAGUUGUACAAGGUGCUACAGUUGCACUCAUGGUUGGCACAGCUUACUACUAUGGUGAAAAUUUUUGAGGAUCCUAUGCUGGUGCUGCCUCCUCUCGAGCUUCAUCUCCAUGCCUUUUCUCCAUUUCUUCAUGAAUAACAUCUUCUCUUUAGCUUGCUUUCCCAAAUUCGAUUGAUGUUUUUAGAAAAAGAGCGUGAUUCAUAGCGUCGUUGUGCUUUGUGAAACAAAUAGAAACUGUAUAAAUACUAGUUUAGAAUCGGGCUCUAGUUUUAUUGUU